UCUGAGCGCUCUGGGGACACGGGCGGCGCCUUGGGAGCGCUGCUGCUGAGCCUGUGCGGGUACCCCGCCUCCGGGGCGGCCACCAGCUGUACCUGUUUUUCCAAAAUCAUAGGUGAGGAAUGCUCAGGAAAAAAAAACUUCCACGAUUAUAAAUGGCCGAAGAUACUGCAAGGCAAGAAGUAACUAGGCGUGACGCGGGAUUCAGGCCCAUCGGGACAAGGCCAUGAAUAACUGAAGAAAAGUUUCUGUUUAUUGCUCAGAGAGACAGUACAUUUUGCUGGCUUGAGCAUAUGGCUAACAGGAGCUAUGUCAGCAGAUGAGAACACAGCAAGUCCUGAAGCAAACCAGUUUAGGAAGCCAUUGUAUGGAUUGUUUCAAUAUAAUUCCAGUAUGAUUGGACUAGAAUCAUUAGCUGAUCCCUCAGAUACCUGGGAAAUUAUAGAGACCAUUGGGAAAGGCACUUAUGGUAAAGUCUAUAAGGUUGCUAAUAAGAAAGAUGGAAGCUUGGCAGCAGUAAAGAUUCUGGAUCCUGUCAGUGAUGUAGAUGAAGAAAUUGAAGCUGAAUAUAAUAUUUUGCAGUUUCUUCCCAAUCAUCCUAACGUUGUUAGAUUUUAUGGAAUGUUUUACAAAGCAGAUCAAUAUGUGGGAGGACAGCUCUGGCUAGUACUUGAGCUGUGCAAUGGAGGUUCUGUCACAGAGCUUGUCAAGGGCCUGCUGAAGUGUGGCCGAAGACUGGAUGAAGCUGUUAUCUCAUACAUCUUAUAUGGGGCUCUCUUGGGCCUUCAGCAUUUACACAAUAACCGGAUCAUCCAUCGGGAUGUGAAAGGGAACAACAUUCUCCUGACAACAGAAGGUGGAGUCAAGCUCGUUGACUUUGGUGUUUCAGCCCAGCUCACCAGCACAAGGCUCCGUAGAAACACCUCAGUGGGAACCCCCUUUUGGAUGGCACCUGAGGUCAUUGCUUGUGAGCAGCAGUAUGACUACUCAUAUGAUGCUCGGUGUGACGUGUGGUCCUUGGGAAUAACAGCUAUUGAGCUGGGGGAUGGAGACCCUCCUUUAUUUGACAUGCAUCCGGUGAAAACCCUUUUUAAAAUUCCAAGAAACCCUCCACCUACUUUGCUACAUCCUGAAAAAUGGUGCAGAGGAUUCAACCAUUUCAUUUCACAGUGUCUGAUCAAAGAUUUUGAGCAGCGUCCUUCGGUCACCCAUCUUUUGGAACAUCCGUUUAUUAAGCAAGUGCACGGUAAAGAUAUGUCUUUGCAAAAACAGCUGGCUGAGCUCAUCCAAGAACAGCAGCAGCUGGGCUCCAUAGCCAAAACAAGGCAUGAAAGAAUACAUACUAGAAGACCCUACCAUGUGGACAGAGCUGACAAGUUCUCUCUAGAUGACGAUCUGGUAAAUCUAGAAGUUCUCAAUGAGGAUACCAUUAUCCAUCAGCUGCAAAAGCGUUAUGCUGACUUACAGAUCUAUACUUAUGUUGGAGACAUUUUAAUAGCCUUGAACCCCUUCCAGAAUCUCAGCAUUUAUUCUCCCCAGUUCUCCAAGCUUUACCAUGGUGUGAAACGUUCAUCAAAUCCCCCCCACAUAUUUGCUUCUGCAGAUGCUGCCUACCAAAGCAUGGUUACAUUCAGCAAGGAUCAGUGCAUUAUCAUCAGUGGGGAAAGUGGUGCUGGAAAGACAGAAAGUGCCCAUCUGAUCGUCCAACAUUUGACCUUCUUGGGAAAGGCCAAUAACCGUGCUUUGCGUGAGAAAAUCCUCCAGGUGAAUCCUCUGGUUGAAGCGUUUGGGAAUGCCUGCACUGCCAUCAAUGACAACUCAAGUCGCUUUGGAAAAUAUCUGGAAAUGAUGUUUACACCUACAGGAGCUGUAAUGGGGGCAAAGAUUUCUGAAUAUCUACUUGAAAAGUCAAGGGUCAUAAAACAGGCUGUGGGAGAAAAAAAUUUCCAUAUAUUUUAUUAUAUUUAUGCUGGCCUUUAUCAUCAGAAGAAACUUUCUGAAUAUAGACUUCCUGAUAAAAAGCCCCCUAGAUAUAUUGAUAAUGAAACUGGAAGAGUAAUGCAUGAUAUUGUUACUAAAGAUUCCUAUGGAAGACAAUUUGAAGCAAUUCAGCAUUGUUUUAGAAUUAUAGGAUUUACUGAUGAGGAAGUGUAUUCAGUGUACAGAAUACUGACUGGAAUCUUAAAUACUGGAAAUAUUGAGUUUGCUGCUAUUUCUUCACAACACCAAACAGAUAAAAGUGAGGUUCCUAACCCAGAAGCCUUAGAUAAUGCUGCUGCACUGCUAAGCAUUGGGUCAGAAGAACUUCAGGAAGCCCUAACGUCCCACUGCGUUGUGACGCGGGGCGAGACCAUAAUCCGGACGAACACGGUGGACAAGGCCGCGGACGUGCGGGAUGCCAUGUCCAAAGCGCUUUAUGGGCGGCUCUUCAGCUGGAUCGUAAACCGCAUUAACACGCUGCUUCAGCCAGAUAAAAAUAUAUGCAAUGCUGAAAGUGGGAUGAAUGUUGGGAUACUAGACAUAUUUGGAUUUGAGAACUUUGCAAGAAAUUCAUUUGAACAGCUGUGCAUAAAUAUCGCUAAUGAACAGAUCCAGUUUUACUUCAAUCAACAUAUUUUUGCACUAGAGCAGAUGGAAUAUCAGAGUGAGGGAAUUGAUGCCACUACAGUGGAGUAUGAGGACAACCGUCCACUUCUAGAUAUGUUCCUUCAGAAGCCCAUGGGUCUCCUGUCUCUACUAGAUGAAGAAAGUCGAUUUCCUCAGGCAACAGACCUAACUUUAGUUGAUAAGUUUGAAGAUAACUUACGAUGCAAAUACUUCUGGAGACCAAAAGGAGUGGAACUGUCAUUUGGAAUUCAGCACUAUGCUGGAAAGGUAUUAUAUGAUGCCUCUGCAUUCCUUGAGAAGAACAGAGACACUCUUCCUGCUGACAUAGUGGUUGUGUUGCGAACUUCAGAGAACAAACUUCUCCAGCAGCUGUUCUCUAGCCCAUUAACAAAAACAGGUAAUUUGGCACAAGCAAGAGCCAGAGUGACAGCAGCAUCUCGGUCUCUGCCUCCGCAGCUCAGUGCUGGGCGUAUCAAGUCUCCUAAAUACCUCCUGAAGGUUGACACAAUGGAGGUUAUGCGGCAUCCUGAGGAAACAACUAACAUGAAGCGGCAAACUAUGGCUUCCUAUUUUAGGUAUUCCCUCAUGGAUCUUUUAUCCAAAAUGGUUGUUGGACAGCCUCACUUUAUCCGCUGCAUUAAGCCGAAUGAUGAUCGAGAGGCGCUGAUGUUCUCUCAUGAGAGAGUUCUGCUGCAGCUGCGAUACACUGGAAUUCUGGAAACUGUCAAGAUACGUCAGAAAGGGUAUUCCCAUCGCAUCCUCUUUGAGGAGUUUGUAAAAAGCAGGAAAUAUGAGGACAAAACAAUCAAAGGCAGGGAGCAGACCCAUUCAGAGUUUAUCAGGUAUUACUACCUUGCGUUCAAGGCACAUGAGACUCCCCUUGGCAGCAGAGAAAACUGUCUUGCCAUUUUGGAGAAAUCUAAACUAGACAACUGGAUUCUUGGGAAAACCAAGGUUUUCCUUAAGUAUUACCACAUAGAGCAGUUAAAUUUGUUCCUGAGAGAAGUCAUAGGGAGGGUGGUGGUCAUGCAAGCCUAUAUCAAGGGAUGGCUCGGAGCAAGGAGGUACAAGAAAGUAAAAGAUAAAAGAGAAAAUAGCGCUAUUACAAUACAGUCAGCCUGGAGAGGAUAUGAAGCUCGCAGGAAGUACAAGGAAAUAAGGAACAGAAGAACUGAUGCUGCUAUACAUAUUCAGGCAGCUUUUAGGGGGUAUAUUGUUCGUAAAAACUACGCAAGAUUGAAAACCAGCGCUGAGUUUGUAGCAGAUCCUCAGCUUACAAGCAGCUGCUCUACUUCUGAUUUUGGUUGUGAAGAAGACUGGCAGCAAACCAGUAACCAGUCUUCUCCCGUGGUGCCUGAUUUUCUUGACAAACAAACUAAAAAGAAUAAUUUGGAUGAGAUUUCUGCUUCUCCAUUUAUUCUAAAACAUUCAUUUGAAACGAAUCAUUCGCAAUCAAUUAGCCAAUCCCAGACAGUUGCAGACCAUCAGUUGUCAAAUCUUUUGACAUCCUGUAAAAAAGGAGGUUCAGAAAACUGUCUUGAACAGAAGCUGAGAACACCUCGUCGACGAUGUCAGCAGCCCAAAAUGCUGAAUAGCCCUGAGGAUAACAUGUACUAUAACCAGUUAAAUGGAACUCUAGAAUAUCAAGGGAGCAAGAGGAAGCCAAGAAAACUUGGCCAAAUCAAAGUGCUGGAUGGAGAGGAUGAGUAUUAUGAAUCAUUGUCAGCUGUUGAAUCUACCCCUGAAGAUGACAGUUUUCUCAGCUCUCCAUCUCCUCCUACAAGAGAUGUGUCUUUUGCACAAAGCUGAACCUCACUCAUUCUAUUGACUAAUACUGAUGAAGCAGAUCAAAAUGGACAACAAGACAUGCCAGCGUGGAUCAGGAAGGGGACAUCCUGAAUCAAGAAGCCACAAAGUAUGUAAAACAAUGUGCUUCAGAUUAGACUUUUCUAAAUGCCCUUCAUCACAGCAGUGCUGAAUGUUCUCUCUGGCAGUUCAUAUUAAGCUGUCUUUGAAAUUCAAGUGAUGUACAUGAUCCUUAAAUAUGGGCCAGUUGGGUACAUCAGUGCUGACUGUUCAUAAAACCCAAAGCAAACAUAUAAUUCAUCUUUGAUUAGUUUUUGUCAAGUUACAGAAAACAGCAAGUUACCUGUAGAGCAGGAGAAUAAAUCCACAGACUUCACCAAAUUUCCAUUUGUAGAAUUUUCUGGACAGGGCCAAAUAAUCCGAAUAAUCAAAGCACUAAUUUAUUUUCUCUCAGCAUGUUCAUUUUUUUCAUUACAGAUAUACAGGAAGUUAUUUUCUGUGUUUUUAAGUACAAGAGAUGAUAGCCAGAAAAGGUCUGAAACACAUAGUUUUGAACAAUUUUCCAAUUUUUCUAUGUCAAGAGUUAAUGAAAUUUAUUAUUUCAAUUAUUCCAUUUUAUAUAAGAUACAGGUAAAGUAGACAUUUUUGUAUACUAGAAAUCAUGGAAAAAGAAAGAGAUACUGGAUGCAAGAAAUGUAUUUUGUAAUAAUGUAUAGGAUUACAAAUUAUAGCUGUAUUACUAAAAAAAAAAAAAAUUACAGGCUGCAAAGACAAAAAUACAAACCCACAAGUCCAGAAGUAUCAUAGAUGUUCUCUGUACUUACUAUUGUAUACAGUUUCAAGGGAAGAGUUUGCCUAAUCCCAGCCUGCUAAAAUAUUCAUAAUCCACACAAAAUGCAACAAUUAAAAGGCAACACAGAGCAUUCAUGGAGGGCCCCCUCCACAAUAAUAAUAAUAAUAAUCACCAGAAGUCAAAUUUGCUGCCCUGCCUGCAGAUAAAAGCAUGUAUAACAUGACUAUAAUUCAGAAUAUGAAGAAAUAAGAAGUGUUAUGGCACAGGGACUUCUCUAUUUGCCCCUCAAUUUCAUGGAGCUAUGUUGUUACCUCCUUACAGUGUAGGCUGGAGGUGCUCAUCUCUCUUAAAAUAUUGUAUGCCGCUCCAAACACAGUGACUAUUCAAAUCUACAGGUUGCAAUACAAAUGGUGGUUUUUUCCAGCAUUGUUUAUAUGUCCACAUCUAUAAAAACUGUAUAAUUAUUGAGUCGACUUUGUUGCCAAAGAUAUUUAUUGCAUCACGUUCAUUCCUUUGCCCAUUCAGGGUAUUUAACAUUCAUAUUUUAGCAUGUGCGGUUUGUGGAUGGAGGUGAAUUCAAGAAAUACCCCAUGGUCUGGCUUUUUAAAGUGAGCUUUAACUGAUGUGCUGCUUACAAGCUUCAGCUAAGGGAGUUAUAGAUCUUCAUCCUACUGCCUUGAUGAUACUGUGCAUCAAUGGUUUUUCUGUGUGUUUCACACCCUCAGUAAACAUCUGGAUUCAAAGCAAAGCCCAAAUCUUCUGGAUCCCCAGCUGCGAAGAUAUUCUCUGUAACCUGUGCCUAGAAUGCACUCGAGCAGUAGCCUCAGGGAAAGGACAGUCACAUGCAAGGAAACAAUUGCAGAUUGCUUGAGCAGCACAGCUGGAGGGGAAGACUUUGAACUCUCGGUGAAAGCGGCACGUCUCUGAGUGCCCUAGCCUGGGCGUGUACACUCUGCAAGGGCGUUUCAAUGAUUUCAGUUGGUGUGGCGAGUUCUGAAUGAAGCCGCUCAGCUGGAGUGGUUCGGGUUUAGGUCGGAUUUUCAGGCGGGUCCGUUGCAAAUAAAAGUUAGCAAGCGUUUCCAGGCGUGCUGUACAGCCAGGCUGUAGAUGAGCGAGGGAGGGAGCGAGGAGCCGCAGGGUUCGCUGCUGUCCCC